CUACAGUCUGUCUGCUCGGUGGAGGAAGCAGGUUUUACAGACCCAUAAUAGCCUGAAAUCUUUUGUGGCUUCACUCCAGCACUCCUGCCUUCCAAUCAUAGGAUCACAAUUUCCGUGACGUCCACCGGAAAAAGACAGGACGCAAACGCAGCACGUAAAACAAAACAGAUGCCACCACAAAUCAGCGACAGAGAGGACGUCAACGAAAUUAGCCAGCAGUGCUCCCCGGCGGAGAAGACUGAAGAGAGGCACAAACAACCACCUUCCUAGACGGCCCUAGUUAGAUAAAUACGAAAUAAACACAGUUAUUCCGCCAGUACGAGAAGUUUCAAGAAAAAAACAACGUUUCUCGGACACGGAAGCAGGCGGCAGACAUCGCUAUGGCCCAGGAGACCAAUCAGAGCCCAGUUCCUAUGCUCUGUGCUAAUGGCUGUGGUUUCUAUGGCAACCCUAGGACUAAUGGUAUGUGCUCCGUGUGCCACAAGGAGCACCUGUCAAGACAGAACAAUGGAGGAGUCAGUACCUUGAGUGCUGUGGGCAGCAGCAGCAGCCCCACAGCUGAAGCUUCAGCCAUCCAAAGGUUAGAGGCCACCUUGAAUAAUGCCGCAGCUGCGGCGGUCGCUGCUGCAGAGGUGGCAGCUGAGGCUGCCGCUGCCUCUGCUGAGGCUGCUGCCACCGAGGCUCUCAGCGGCGUUUCAACUGCCAUUUCUGUAACACAACAGAUGACUGAGAUGAGUCUCUCCUGUGAGGAGAAAGGAGCAUCAGGGGGCAAAGUAGAGCCCACAGAGCCAGUGUUGACUCAGCCCACAUCCUUGGCCUCUCGUCCCUCCACUGCUGGCAGUGAGGAGUCCAGAGCCCCCGAGCCCCCCAAACCCAAAAAGAAUCGCUGCUUUAUGUGCCGCAAAAAAGUCGGCCUUACAGGUUUUGACUGCCGCUGUGGGAAUCUGUUCUGCGGACUCCACCGUUACUCUGAUAAGCACAACUGUCCGUACGACUACAAAGCCGAAGCUGCUGACAAGAUUCGCAAAGAGAACCCCGUGGUUGUCGCUGACAAGAUCCAGAGAAUAUGAAGAGGACUCUCAGUUUGACUUUGAACACUGAGAGCGAUCAGCUUUAAGAAGAAAAAAAACUCGAGCCCAGCCUUCUUCCUGAAGGGCCUGUUGUUGUUUUUUUGUUUUUUUUAAAAAUAUCCUCGUUUGUUACACAUUCAAGACUUUUACCCCCGGUGCAUGAAAGUUCAUGUAUAUUUUCAGCUUUCAUUCUUGUUUUUGUGUGAGUUUAACACUUUUUUGGAGGGUUGUUAGUGAAGAUGGGGGGUCCAUAUCAUGGGAGACUGAAGAAGAAGUUAUUGCCGUUUUAGAAGACGCUUCGCAGGCUGCUGUGCGAUCCUCCUGCGAUCGCCUGAACUCUGCCUGGAAGAGCUCGGACACUUCAGGCCUGUUUGGACUCUCAGACUUUUACUGCUGUUGGCUGAUGGCGCCUCCUCAGCCGUGCUUGCUCUCUGCUGGCUUGAGUAGCAAAAUGGAUGAUUGUCUUUUUCUGUUUUUGGCCUCCGUUUAACUCUGUGAGGUCAGAGUUUAACCCUUCUUAGUUGUUUGCGUCCUGGUAAGUUUUUAUCAAUCUAAAAUGCUUCUCUGUGCCGCCGGAGUCUCGUCUCUCCCUCCUCAGCACACAGAGCAGACAUAUUACUAAAGAGACUUUGAAAAAGAGACUUUAGCCCUUUCUUGCUGGCUCAUAUUCCUGCUGUGUGUGCGGCACUAGAAACACGACGUAGUCCGCCUCUUUUUUUUUUUUUUUGACCUGCUCUGUGCCCACGAUUUGGAUAGCAGGCACUUGGACUUCCUUCCUGCUUUUCAGGUCUUUAAAACCAUCCACUGAAGUCACAUGAUGAUACAAGUCACCUGACUGUUUGUUUCCUUUUUUUUUCAGAAAAGUGUGUAUGCUGUGUGUUGUUGUAUGACAAGAAGACUAAACUUGUAUUAAUUUUUGCCUUUGGAAGGGUUUAGCUCCACUAAUAUUUUCAUCUUUUACUUCACUAUUGAAUGUUUUCCUCGAUUUUUAAUGUGACAAAUUCACAACGUUGGGAACUGUUGGACUGUUGCAUACUGUGUGUCAAACACAAGUGUGUGUGUUUGCGGGAGUAAAUGUGGACGGCUGUGUGAGUAUGACGCUGAGUGGUCGUGUGCUGCGGUGACUUGGACCUGUGGUCGUAGGUUAUUAAUCAUUUUCAGUUUAAGAUUUUUUUUUUUUGUCUGGCUGCUUAAUCUGUGUUUUGUUUUUUACCCUUUAGUUAUGCAAGUUUGUACAAACAUCUUUAUUUAUAUACUGCAGUGCGCGUAAUCUUCCAAUAAUAAAGAAUAAAUUGUAAUGAUGUAAAUAAAUUAUGUUCACAAAUAUAAAA